AUGUCUGACAAGAACAAGGACCUCCUCGGCGGCGUGACUGAUACUCUCGGCAAGACAGUUGGCGGCGCCACCGACACCCUGGGCGGCACGGUUAACAGUCUGGGAAAGACCACAGGCGGGACUACCGAAGGCGACGGGCAGACUGUCUCCGGUGCCACAGGGGGCCUAGGCGAUACAACCAAGGACACUGGACAGGGCGUGCAGGACACCGUCCAGGAUGUUGGGAGAGGCAAGCCGGCUGCAGAAAAACCAACUUAA